AUGGAACACAUCAGACAGAAAAGCCACAAGAAACAUCCAGACUUCCCAAAGAAGCCCCUGACUGCUUACAUCUGCUAUUUCAAGGAGAUGCGGCCCCACUACUCCCAAAAGUACCCCAAACUCAGCAACCAAGAGCUCACCAAAAUCCUAUCUGGGAAAUACAAGCAGCUCCCAGAGCACAUGAAGCAGAAAUACUUCCAGGAUUUCCAGAGGGAGAAGCAGGAAUAUGAGGAAAAACUGGCUCGGUUCAGGGAAGAUCACCCUGAUCUGGUCCAGGACUCCAAGAAAUCGGAUUUCUUCAAGAAGGGCCAAGCCCAGGCCUCCAGGAAGUCUCCGGGAAAUGGGAAACAUGUGAGGUCUCCUCCAGAGAGGUAUGGCUUGUCCAGGAAGCUGGUCUUCCUUGGAGAGCCCAAGAAGCCCCCUAUGAACGCAUACCACAAAUUCCACCAAGAUUUGUGGGGCAGUCCAGAGCUGCGAAGCCUGCACCCGAGGGAGCGCAUGGUGGAGGUCAGCAGGCACUGGCAGCGUGUUCCACAAAGCCAGAGGGAGCACUUUACCAGACAGGCGGAGGAGCUGCAGAGACAGUACAAGGUGAACCUGGACCUCUGGCUGCAGAGUCUGUCACCUGAGGAAUAUGCUGUCUACAAAGAAGCCAACUAUGGCAAGGGGAGGAAUAUGCGCAUGACCGGAGGCCCAAACCCCAACUUCAGACAGGGGUAUCUGCAGCCCACAUCAAUAAGGAGUUCCCAAGAAGCACCUAUAGAGAAGCAGAUGAUGCAGGCUCUUGGGAAAGAUCACUCAGGCAUAUUGAGGUCGAUUCUCCUCCCUCACAGCGAGCAGACGUGGAUGUGGAGGAAGAUGGAGAAGAGGAUGAAGGCAGUAACUCUUCAGACUCUGUCAGUGAGGAUGAAGAUGAGGCUGCAGGGAAGAUGGGGAUGA